GCUUUUCUCUAAAAAAUAUUUAAUGUCUUUUGUGUUUAACCUACAGCUUUAAAAGUUUUUUAAACUUACUUUGUUAAAAUAAUGAUAUGGUAUUGAAAAUUGUUUAAAAUGCAUUUUUCUAUUCCGGACUUACAACAAUUUCGAGACGACAAUGGACUUACUUACACGGGCUUCAACAUACAUAUUGAUGGAUUUUACCACUGCACAGCUCGCUUUAAGCAGAUGCUUAGUCUACACGAGCAAUUACAGUCACAAUACUCUUACUUUAAAUUGCCACAGUUUCCUCCAAAAAAGUUUUUUCUUACUAGUUCACAAUUAGAAGAACGCAGAAUUCUUUUAGAGAAAUAUAUCCAACUGAUUGGACAAAAUCCAGUUUUGGCUAAUUCAGGAAUAUUAAUGACAUUCCUUUUAACUGCUCAACAAGAAUCACAUAAUGUCAAAGUUCACGUUGUUGAUAUAGAGAUCUCUUUGAUGAAUGGAUAUAGAAUACCACUAUCAGUAUCUUCAACUGACACAUCAAGUACUGUUUUAGAUAUUGCAUGUAAUUAUGUGAAUCUCCCAAAAGAUUUGACAAAAUACUUUUCACUGUUUCUAUUUAACUGGAGUUGUGCAAAAGAUGGACAGCCAAGUUUUAAGAAAUUGGAAGAUUUUGAAUCACCAUAUAUUUCCCAGAAAUAUGUUAGACCUGAAGAUAAAAUUGUGUUAAGAAAAAGUUAUUGGGAUCCUUGUUAUGAUAUGGACCUAGUUCAAGACAGGGUUUCAAUAGAUUUGCUGUAUCUUCAAAUUAUAGAAGACAUUGAUUUAGGGUGGAUAACUGCUGAUUCUGAGACUAAAGUCAUGCUUUCAUCACUUGAAUCAAAAAAACAAAAGAGAGAGUACAUUGAGUUGGCUAGAAGUUUAAGGCAUUAUGGCCGAAUACCAGCUGGAGAGGGCUUAACAGAAGCAGUAAAUAUUGGUGACAUGGGUGGUGCUUUAAUAAAUGUACGAGUGUCUUUAGCAUGCAAGGAAUUAUCACUCACAAGUGUAACACAUCCAAGCCAUGAACAGAGAUAUAAAGUAACACGAAUGCGUUGUUGGCGUAUCACAACUUUACAUUCGCUGGACCAUUCACAUAAUGGAUCUUUACUAGAAGAACCAACAAAAAACUUUGAGCUUUCAUUUGAAUAUCUUAUAAGCAAGGAUAAUCUCAUUUGGGUAACAUUGAAGACUGAAAAUGCAAUUUUUAUCAGUGUAUGUUUACAGUCAAUAGUCGAUGAGUUGAUGCGUCAAAAGAACGGUGAGGGUCCUAUAUCCCCACGCUGUAAACGGGCAAGUCUCACCUACUUACGUCGAGAUGGAUCCAGUCAACUUAUAACACCUUCAUCAUCUAGCGAUACACUUAGUUCUAUAAAUGGAGACUCUUGCACUUCGGGAAGUUCUCGUGAAAUAUUCUCAGUUCAAAAGUUAACAGAGAAAUUUGCCUCAGUCGCGUUCAAAACUGGCAAGGACUGUGUGGAAAAUAAUGCUUUUGAAGCUAUAGGUGAUGAAGAAUUGUAAUAUUAUUAUUAACACUAAACUCUUGCUGUUAACAUAACAUUAUAACAUUUUAAUUGAUGAGGAGAAACAAGAAAAUUGAGGAUUACGAUACACAAGGCCUACUUAUUAAAAAAAUAUGGGAUAGAAACCUUAGUAACUUUAAAUUACUAAAAGCAAUGUCUUUAUGAUUUACUAUCACUUCUUAUUUUUUUUUAUUUAAAUAUUAUUUAUACCGCGUCUAGUAGAAAUGUCAAAACAAAAUGUAUAAAAUGUUUUGACACAUGUUAGCAAAAAAAAUUUGGUUAACAGCAAGGGGUGAAUACUCAGUAUCCAAAGACAGGUUAAUCUAUAUUACGGCCAAAGUCGAAAAUAUAACUUACAAAAACAAACAAUUUCGAAAUUUUUACGGCAGUAGUAGGGUUUUUAUUUGAGGAAAUGUCAAUUUAUAUGUAAAAAUGUGGCUAUGAGUUAGCUUCCCCUUAAAUUUUUACUCCAUUCAUUUUCUCCGGCCAUUACCUUGCCAUAUAACAUAUCGAAUUUAUAAUUAUAUCACUAAAUUAUUUACAUAAUAUUUUAUCAUUACAAUCCCAAUUUUAAUGUCAAUGAAAUCUCUGAAUGUUAA